UAGCAACUCGCACAGAUGAUUUUUGGAUACAGCACUUGGUACGCCGUUUAAACAAACCAUAAAAUCGGGAGAAACCAAAUUUUUGUGGUAUCAAAUAUCGCAUAAAUCACACUGGUUGCAAAAUGAAAGGAAUAUAGUGAUCGAAGUCACCGUAUAAGGUGACUUCACCCAUCCAGUGAACUUGCACAUCAAGCAGCCCAAGACUUUGCAAUCGUAUCCCGAAACUUCAGUUUCAGAUGAGCCCAUAACGUUCAUAACUUUCAUAACGUUAACGUACAUAUGUUGUGUUGAAUCGGCUCCGAAAAUGGAUUGCAAAGAAGCUAUUUCGAAGGAGCAAGCGGUAAGUCGAAUCGCCCAUAACGACUUCAUUAUAGUCUCCCGUCAAUUGCUGAUCAAUCGAGCCGACACGGAUAAGGACAAACGGAGUGCCAAGAUGCUCAUUAUCUACAGCACUGGAACGCAGCACAUCGUCACCUUCAAGCUGCCCAUCCAUGCGUGUACAGUGCAAGAGCUGUUUCUCAAGAUGAACCUUCAUAUCGAGGAUAACAUCACGAUUGAUUGCAUGGAGAAUGCCGGUGGUAUUAUCCAUUUGGUGGUCUCUGUGGGAUUCGCCAUCGGUGAUACCAUUGCCGAUACGAUUGCCAAGGCGGAGGAGUACUACAAGAAGGUGCAUCAGUCCAGGGCGUCCGCUGUUGCCGCGCCUCGCAACGCGGUGCCCGUUGAAGAGCCACCAUCUCGUGCGGUUGUCAAGCCAUCGGAGACUUCGGUGGCCAACAAUGGUAGCCAGCCAGCUGCAACCAAAGGCAAGAAGCACAAGAAAAGACAUUGCGCUCCGGGAGACACCAAUGCCGACAAAGUGAUAUCGUCGUCGAAUCAAGACGCCAAUACUCCCAAGACCAAGAAACAUAAGAAGGGCCAUUCUGCAAAGGACAGGAAUGGUUAUCAAGCUGCUGGUGCUCAAGACAAGCCAGGUUCAUCUGGCAAUAAACAGGGAAAUCAAACCCCUACGGGUAACACCUCAACUUCUCCAAAGAAGAGUAAUACAGCCCAAGUGAUAUCGUCGGCGGAUCAAGACGACAAUACUCCCAAGACCAAGAAACAGAAGAAGCGCCACUCUGCAGAGGACAGCAAUGGUUAUCAAGCUGCUGGUGCUCAAGACAAGCCAGGUUCAUCUGGCAAUAAACAGGGAAAUCAAACCCCUACGGGUAACACCUCAACUUCUCCAAAGAAGAGUAAUACAGCCCAAGUGAUAUCGUCGGCGGAUCAAGACGACAAUACUCCCAAGACCAAGAAACAGAAGAAGCGCCACUCUGCAGAGGACAGCAAUGGUUAUCAAGCUGCUGGUGCUCAAGACAAGCCAGGUUCAUCUGGCAAUAAACAGGGAAAUCAAACCCCUACGGGUAACACCUCAACUUCUCCAAAGAAGAGUAAUACAGCCCAAGUGAUAUCGUCGGCGGAUCAAGACGACAAUACUCCCAAGACCAAGAAACAGAAGAAGCGCCACUCUGCAGAGGACAGCAAUGGUUAUCAAGCUGCUGGUGCUCAAGACAAGCCAGGUUCAUCUGGCAAUAAACAGGGAAAUCAAACCCCUACGGGUAACACCUCAACUUCUCCAAAGAAGAGUAAUACAGCCCAAGUGAUAUCGUCGGCGGAUCAAGACGACAAUACUCCCAAGACCAAGAAACAGAAGAAGCGCCACUCUGCAGAGGACAGCAAUGGUUAUCAAGCUGCUGGAGCUCAAGACAAGCCAGGUUCAUCUGGCAAUAAACAGGGAAAUCAAACCCCUACGGGUAACACCUCAACUUCUCCAAAGAAGAGUAAUACAGCCCAAGUGAUAUCGUCGGCGGAUCAAGACGACAAUACUCCCAAGACCAAGAAACAGAAGAAGCGCCACUCUGCAGAGGACAGCAAUGGUUAUCAAGCUGCUGGUGCUCAAGACAAGCCAUGUUCAUCUGGCAAUAAACAGGGAAAUCAAACCCCUACGGGUAACACCUCAAAUUCUCCAAAGAAGAGCAAUGGUCUCCAGGGCGUGCAACCAGCUGGAGAUGCUCUCGCAAGCUCCCAGUCAAUCCAGUCGAAGGACCAAGUCGCACAUGCCACUGUUAGCAAGAAAUCGGAAGAGACAGCUGGUGGAUCUCAAUCGCGGGUGCAACCGAAUGUUGCAUACAUACCGGCGCCAGCCGAGAAAGCAACUAGUGACACUAUACCCACACCUGCAGAACGGGCAGAGAAGAGUCGCCUGCGCCGGAACCGCAACUGGAUACUAAGCAGGGACUUUGACGAAGAAGUCAUUGUGCUGUUGAGCAGCGAGGAUGAGGAGACCACCGCCGCCGACAAUGGCCAAACAGAGGGAAGACUCUCCGUCGACGAGAAUCCAACGCUUUUCACAUAUCCGCCCACCGGAACCGGUGGCCUGAGCAUCACCAUUAAGGACUUUAUGUGUCUCAAGGAAGGCUCAUAUCUGAACGACAUAAUCAUUGAUUUUUAUCUGCGCUGGCUAAAGAAUAACAUCAUACCAGAGGGUCAGCGCGAUGGGACGCACAUCUUUAGCACAUUUUUCUACAAGAGAUUGACCACAGAUACGAGUCCCAACAAGAAGAAGACGCCGGUGGCCCAGAGGCGUCACGAAAGGGUAAAGAAGUGGACACGGAACGUGAAUAUAUUCGAGAAGGAUUUCAUCAUAAUACCAUUCAACGAUCAGUCCCAUUGGAUACUGGCCAUCAUAUGUUUUCCAUACCUGACGUCUUCCGUGGUUAACGAUGAUGUACAGACACCCGGCGAAGACAUUCCAAUCAAACAGCCAUUGAUUCUCAUCUUCGAUUCGUUGGCGGACAGCAAACGCAAUCGAGAUAUGGCUAUAUUGCGGGAUUACCUCAACUUCGAGUACAAGGCAAAGCAUCCGAGACAGCGGGCGCGCAUCUUCAACAGGGAUAAUAUGCCCGGUCUUAUUGUGGAGGUGCCGCAGCAGGAGAAUCUCACCGAUUGCGGCCUCUAUCUGCUGCAGUAUGCGGAGCAAUUCUUCACAAAACCCAUCGUUAACUAUAAGCUGCCCAUUACGGAGCUGAUCGAUUGGUUUGACCUGCUCACAGUAACCAAGAAGCGCGAGGAUAUCGCCAAUCUCAUCCAGAAUCUGAUGAAUGAAGGCAAUCAGCAGGGCAUAACUAUGCCCGUCAUAAAGUUUCCCACACUGAAUGGCAUAAUGGUGAUGGAUGUGGAUGACGAGAAGGAAUGUGACACGGAGGAAGAGAAUCAAACUAUAAACCAAUAUAGUUUUAAAACCAGAGCACCGCCGAAAAGAAGGCAUACACUCAAGUAAACCACUUGUGAAGUGGCUGCUUCGGAAAACUAUAUUUUCACACGGAAGAACUGAAGACGACGACAACGCAAUGCACACACGUUUGGAACACUAGGAGGAGCAAGUGACACGAAGGUGGGUUCACCAGAAUUAUGCGAUUUUUCCCCAAAAGCAAGAAAACGUUCAUACACACACACACACAAGUCACCAAAAAGAGCAGUGCGGCCAACAAGACGAUAAAGAGGCUACCUACCAGAGAGAGAGAAAGAGAGACACAGAUCAGGAUCACAGGAUGAGCAGGAUAAGCAGCAUGAGCGGGAUAAGCAGGAGCUGGAUGCCAGGAGGUGGAGAAUGGCCAAAAAUCAAGAAAAAUUGUAAUUUAGAGUCACCAAAUUAAUAGAAAAUAUUUUUUUUUGUAAAUAGCAAAAUAAACGGUCCAUAGGCCCAAUAACAAUAAGUCACGCAAUAAGCAUAGCUUUAUAGAUUGCCAAAAAUGAAUUCUACUAUACUAUAUGGUACUUAAGCGCGGUUAUCAGCUAUUUGGAAAACUGUAGGGUAUUACCAAAUCAGCAUUAUACUCGACUCUAAGCCCACACACACACACACACACACACACGCACA